AUGAGUGGAUAUGGUAGUCAUGUGAGCUUGGGUAUAGGAGACAAGCCACUCAUACAGUCCAUUGCUGAUCCGAGCGAUUUCCACAUUUUCAGAUCCUUCACAACAAAGUCAAAAGAGUUUGGACUUGAGUUGGACUACCACUGUGGUGGUGUUUGGACGUUAAUUUUGGAGACAUUGUUGAGAAUUGUUGUUAUGCCUGCGAGUGUUGCGAUUAUUGGUGUUGGAUUUGCCGACAGCGACAGUUAUGAGGCUGGACAGCUUUUUAGCAUCAUCGUGACGAAGAAAGAGUUCAUGAGGAUUCCAGUAGUAUUUGCCAGCAAACAUUGCAACGACAUGUUAAACCCUGUGUUUCUUGAGGCUCCCCAUGGAAAAGCAUGGGAGGUUGAAGUGGAAAAUUCUGAAGGCCAAAUUUGGCUAGCUCAAGGAUGGAAGGAAUUCAGUAACUAUUACUCAAUAAGCAUAGGGAACUUUUUGAUAUUCAGGUACAAUGCUCGUGCACAUUUUGAUGUAACUAUAUUUGAUCUGAGUGGCGCAGAAAUUAAAUAUCCAAUAGAUGAUUCUAUGGAUAUUUCGGAUCAUUCUACUGAAAGUCUGAGCCAUGGCCCCUUAGUAGAAGAAGAGGAUGAUAUUCCAGUUAACCUUCAAACUAGUGCUAAUGUGAUCGAGGAAGAAAAGGAUGAUAUUCCAGUUAACCUUCAAACUAAUGCUAACGUAAUCGAGGAAGAAGAGCCUCAAGGUAAGUAA